GUAGUGUCUGUGUAUGUUUUGUGCGAGACUUGCACGCCAGAGUCUGAGACAGGUGUGAUCACACGCCCAUAUUUGGGAGUUGGUGACAGGCUCCGACGUGGAGAGGAGAACAGAAUGAAACACGAGCAGGCAUCAAACAGUCAUGCGUCCCUACUUUCUCCGCAGACAUAAGACAUUGAUUGUCUAUUUCUGUCACUUUCUUCAUGUGUGUCUUCAUCCUGCGCAGUCCUCAGCACCAGCUCCCGUUCCUCUCUCCAGUGUAUACAAUGUAACUAUAGCGGCGGUAAUCUGAGCAAACAAGGCUGACAGAGGCAUCAUCAUCAACAGAUGCUGUUAAACAUCCUCUCAGCGGAUUAUCUUUACGAAAUAAGGAUUACACACGAAAAAUCAAUACCUCAGAACCCUAUAUACACCCUCAAUGAAUAAUCUCUAUAUGUCAAACUAGAUUUAUAAACAUAGAGGCAUUAUAUAUUGAGAGCUAUAUUCUGGGUUCAAACCCUAAUAUCCUCAUUUAUUGACUCGUCUGGAGCAAAGUGCUUUUUUUUAACUGCAUGUACAAUCACUGUGAUGUGCACUGGAUUAAAACAUCUGCUCUAACAGUGCUUCCAAACUGUGAACAUUCAUACCAACAAAUAUAAUAGCACGGCUGCGUUCCACCCAUUUGUAUUUGAUGGUACCUUGGGAGACAUAAAAAAGGAUAGACACUGAUACACAGAGGAAUGUUUUAAUCAUUUUAUGGCUCAAAACUCAAAGUGGGUUUACUGGGAGGACGAUAUAAUGACCUCCACAAGUGGGGACCCUGGUUCUAAAUGUGUCUCUCUCUUUGUCUCUCUGUUUCUCUGCCUCUCUUAAUUCAAUUCAAUUCCAAAAAGCUUUAUGGCAUAAGAAACAAACGUCUACAUUGCCAAAGCAGGUGAAACAUUAGGCCAAAAGAAAAUAUAUUGGGUUUAAAUAUUUAAAGUAAAAAAAAAGUCAAAUACAAAAUACUAAGAGUGUAUACAAAUUUGUGUAUGAAAUAUAUCCUACUAACAGAUAAAAUAAACACUGUACAUCUCUCUCUCUCUCUCUCUCUCUCUCUCUCUCUCUCUCUCUCUCUCUCUCUCUCUCUCCACAGCCCAUGUUCUCGAUGGCCCCCAGCCUGGCCACCAACAGUGCGGCCACGGCGGGGUUCAACCCCUACCUGGGCCCCAUGUCCGGCCUGAUGCCCGGUGACAUGCUGCACAGCGGGCCCCUGCUGGUCACCAGUAACCACAACGUCCAGAUGCCCGCCGCCGCCGCCGCCGCCGCCGCCGCCGCCCAGAAGCUCAUGAGGACGGACAGACUGGAGGUGUGCCGGGAGUACCAGCGGGGGAACUGCACCCGCGGGGAGAACGACUGCCGCUUCGCCCACCCCUCCGACAGCACCAUGAUCGACACCAACGACAACACGGUCACCGUGUGCAUGGACUACAUCAAGGGCCGCUGCACCCGCGAGAAGUGCAAGUACUUCCACCCGCCCGCCCACCUGCAGGCCAAGAUCAAGGCGGCCCAGCACCAGGUCAACCAGGCCGCCGCCGCCGCCGCCAUGGGGCUCCCUCCCGCCUUGCCACCAUUACCAAAGAGACCCACCAUGGAGAAAGCCAACGGUGCCACCACCAUGUUCAACGCUGGAAUGUUCCAGUACCAACAGGCACUGGCCAACAUGCAGUUCCAGCAGCAGACUGCCUUCAUACCGUCAGGCUCAAUAUUGUGCAUGGGACCUGCCACCAGCGUUGUUCCCAUGAUGCACGGCGGUAACCAGGCCGUGUCUGCUGCCACCACAUCUGCCACAAGUGUUCCCUUCGGAACCGCCUCAGCCAAUCAGAUUCCGAUAAUAUCUGCAGAACAUCUGGCCAGCCACAAGUACAUGACCCAGAUGUAGGAGUCUCGAUCACAACAAUUAAACUGCGACAUGUCAGUGUUAAGUCCAACAAUAAUAAUCAUGCUUCAUACCUCGGACAUCAAGAAGCAAAAAUGAGAACAACAUUUUAUCCGGAGUGGAAACAGUACCUGCAUGUUUAAGAAAGAAGGCCUGGUUUGCUGUUUCGGGUUCUUUUUCUUCAUGUAUAUUCCAUGCACUCAAUGAAAAAAAACUACUACAAAACGGAAAAGACUACCAUUCACACUGAAGUCUGCCUUUCGAAAAAGAAAUAGAGGCAACUUGUUUGUUUAAUCACCGGACACACUUUGAAUGUCAACAUGGGACUAACGUGUGGUGUACUAGUCACCGUGACUAGUUUGGUACGUUCGAAGACAGAGAAUUAAAGAGGGUUUUGUUUAUUUUAUGUUUUUUUCUUCUUCUCUAUUUUGGGUUAGUUUGGUACCCUUAAAGUGUUCAUUUGUUUACAUGAAGGCAAACCUUUAAUUUAGUUUUGAAGUUUUAAGAAAGGGUCAGAAGGUAGGGAGUGAUACAUGAACGACGAAUGCAUGCAUGCACAGUGGUAACUUGAUUUUGUAGCGUAUCUUUCUAUCUCUGAAGCACAUGUAUUAGAUGCUGCAGUUGUCCCUGUAAUGUGCUACACAUCUCAGAAUCAGGUGUCGUGGUUAAGCAGAAUAAUGCAGCGUUCAGAACAAGAAAGAAUUACCCUUUAAUGAGUCUGGAGGGGCAUUACAUGAGUAUGUUGACCUGGAUCCUAUUGAAAAGCUGUUUCUUUGUUUCUGUAUUGUUUCGUAAUCCUACAACAGCCCUGGUUUCGGAUGUCUAGUAAGAAUCAGCAAAGGAAGCUGCUCUGACAUUGGUCUCUUCAUAAGUAAAACAUAAAGAGUCUUUGGAUUUCACAAAGACUAGCUGGGUGAAUGUAAAGGGAUAACAGAGUCUUUUGAGUCCUCUGAUAUGAAUAAUGGUGAAACUCUAAUAUAGUGUCUGAAAUAAAAAUCGUCAGCAACCGCAGAAGCUGAAAUAAUAAUCAUGGUUCAAAAGCCAUGACUUUAUGAAUUGUUAUUCAUUGUGCGUGUUCUAUCUAUAUUUAAGGUGGAUUGUUAGGUAUAGUCCUUGCGGUGUGUGUAUCUUUUGACAUAUUUAAGAGACCUUGUUUCUUACAGGUCUCCUUGGGAGUGUUUUUUGAUGAACAGCCAAAGUCAUGUUUUUUGUCUCAUAUCAUUUAAGAUGUUUUUCGGAGGAUGAGUUAAAAAACCAAGUGAGGCAAAUAAGUAUUGGGUGUUGAGAUUUUUUUUGACACACAAAAUCGAUUUUUUUUGUUUCAAUUCUGGGUGUUUGGCGGUCAUGCUAAAUGAGUCAACAGCGAGGGGAUUUCGAACUAUUUCAUGACGAUUGUAUCAUCCAAAGCCUUAGAAUGCACCAUUCAGCACAAUGCCACAUGUCAUUUUAAACCAUCCAGUUGCCUAAUUCACAUCAUAUAAACAUAUACACGCAAACAGACACACACAUAUCAACACACACACACACACACACACACACACACACACACACACACACACACACACACACACACACACACACACACACACACACACACACAGUACUAUGUAAUCGUUUAUCUGUUUUUUCUAUUUUGCGUUUCUUUCUUUUCGUGAAUGAGUUUUUGACUUUGAUUUGUUUGGGUUUGUGGUUAGGUUCUGUUGAGUUUCAGUCUGUUUAAAGUUAUCUUUCUUAAAUUAGAUAUAAGACGAUGUGGUUAUGUGUUCCUCAUGCACAGGUUUUCUAAUAUUCCAUGUAUUGUCAGUUUAAGUAUGAUUAUGAUUGUGAACUCUGUAUUUUCUACGUUAUUUGAAGAGUAUGCAUAUUGUUCAUUAUUUUCUGGUCUGUUUGAGUUCUUUCAACAAAGAUGUUUUAUAUAAGUAUGUUAAAAUGAGGAAAAAUAAGAAGAGAGUGGCUUAAUUGCGAUCUUUGCAACAAUCGCCAAUAAGUGAGUAAUAUUUUAUGAUCGUAUGGUUUGUAACUAGUCAUGCUAGAAGAAAAUAAUAUAAAAAAAAACUGGUUCUUAGAUGUUUAGAGUUUAAAGAUGUUAUUUUCUACUGUAUCCAUUUCAAAAGGUAAAUAUUGUUUGAAUAUUUUUACUCUCCCUGGAAGUUGGGCCAUGUUGGAAAACAAGCUGCAUAUUUGAUCACUUUUAAGAGACGUUGUUGACGGGGGUCAUGUGACUAUAGAGAGCGAACACGGAUCUCUUACUAAGCAAACCACAAACAAACGAGGAGGGGAGGGUCAAGAGGCGGUGGGUGACAGUUGACUUUUUUGCACUUCUGUACAUAGUCAAAAAAGAGAGAAUCAUGUAUAUUGAGAUCUUAUUUUGAAUAAAAAAAAAAAGUCUAUAUCGACAAGGAAUUUUGCUAGGAUAACUAAAAAAAAAAAUCUUAUGAAAAGGCUGAACAAAAAACGCUUCGCUUAAAAGGGCCCUGAGUUCUCACUCU